UCAACGUGUUCGUGCGCAACGUGGACCUGCCCCAGGGGUGCCUCUCGCAUACAUAGGUACAUCUCCCGGUGACGAUUUCUGUUUAAAAAUAUCACUUGCCAGCGGAGAGCAUGAUGACAACAUAGAGCCAAUUAGAGUGAGAGAGAAAAAGUGUGCGUAAAACAGAAAACGAGCGACAGAGAGAGAAAAAGUGAUGAUAUUUUUGUUUAUAUGCACGGCGCUUAUAAAAAAGAGAAAUAAAUAUUAAAGAAAAAAAAACAUAAAAAAUACUCAAUAUAAUUACCAAAUUGUUUACAACGGUAGCUUAAAAAGUCUUCAAGGUGCCGCCGUUAAAUUCAAAAUGUGAAAAGUGCACUAAAUACACAUAACAUUUGCAGCAUCUAAAGAUUCAAUUGGAUUCGGAUUAACAGCUGGUAACGCAAUAUACAAGAUCGAAGUAAAUUAAAAACUUAUACUCAUAAAAUGAAAAAUAACAAAACAACAACAUCAAGUGGAAAAGAAUAAACCAGCGAGCAGCACAUAAAUUUAUAAAUAAAUAAAAAAAAUAUAUAUACACAUACAUUUGUAGACUAUUUGUGUGUGUGUUGCCGACUAAAUAUUAAAGAGAAGCAAUCAAAGAGCAAAAAUAAAAACAGCAAAAAUAUUUAAAAGGUGAAAACAUAUCAAGAAAUUAGCCCUGUCAACCAAACGUAACAAAAUUAAAGAAUGAGUACCCAAAGAUGUGUAUACACGUGUCUGUUUGUGUCGCUUGUAAUAUCCCCCCAUGUAUGGUAAUUACCUACAAAUGAUGGCAUCCCUUGGCAUUGAUGCUUGACAUUUUUUUAUAAAAUAUGCAAAUGAGUCAACGCGCUGCCGCCAGGGAAUUUGAAUCAGUGCUUCAGUUGAAAAAAAAAUGCAGGGACACGUGAACACGGAAUACAAACAACAACUGAUUCAGAUAAACGGAGAGACAUUUUUCGCAUUGUAAAUUAAAUUCCCAAGCUUAAAGUGUCAACGACGCGUGGCAGCAACAGCAGCAGCAGCAGGACUAUUAAAAGCACUGCUCACAGUGUGAAGCAUAAGCGGAAAGGCAAGCAAAACGCGACACAAAGUCAAAGUCACGCCCGCACUGGCAAGGACGACGGACGAGGGAGCAACAGUGUGUGUCCAAGUGAGUGUGCUCAGGUGUGACCCUGCAACAGCUACAACAGCAACAACAACAACAAAAACAACAAAAGCAACAACAGCUAACAAAACAAUUGCGGCAACACAAUUUAUGUUACGGCAAAAGUUGCGAGGUAAAUGUUUAAAUGCUACGCAGCCGACUAGCCACAGCCGCCAGGUAGCCUCCUCCCCCGAUUGGAACAGCAAAUAGAGUAGCAUCCAUGAGCGCCGCAGCGGCAAGGCUGCUGUUGCGCCUGGAGCAGCCAGAGCCGGGCGUAAUGCCGCCACCGGCACCCGCCGAAUAUGAUUGGGCGCCCAUCAGCGUGGAUCAAUUUCUGGCCAGCGCGACGGGUCGCAGUCAGGAGGAUGCGGUGCGCUAUGAGCUAACGGAUCCGCUGGGCAGCACUUUGGCACCCUUGAUAUACGAUGUGGGCCAGCGUCUGCUGUUCAAUGGCAGCUCUGCCACAAAUAAUGGCAACGAUACGUACACAGAUCUCUUUCCGCAAAUGGAGGAUAUGGGCGAUGAGCCGAACUGGACGCGCAUCUGUGAGGAGGUUUACAAUCCGCAGCUGGAGAAUAAUCGCAUCGAGUUUUGGGUAUGCGGCGUCAUACUUAACAUUGUUGGCAUACUGGGCAUACUGGGCAAUGUGAUAUCCAUGAUAAUCCUGUCCCGCCCCCAAAUGCGGUCCAGCAUUAAUUAUUUGCUAACUGGCCUGGCGCGCUGCGACACGAUGCUGAUUAUUAGCUCCAUGCUGCUGUUUGGCAUACCCUCCAUUUAUCCAUAUACGGGCCAUUUUUUUGGCUACUACAACUAUGUGUAUCCGUUCAUAUCGCCGGCAAUGUUUCCCAUUGGCAUGAUUGCGCAGACCGCCAGCAUCUAUAUGACCUUCACCGUCACCCUGGAGCGCUAUGUGGCCGUCUGUCAUCCGUUGCGGGCGCGUGCUCUGUGCACCUACGGACGCGCCAAGAUAUAUUUCAUAGUGUGCGUCUGUUUUUCACUCGCCUACAAUAUGCCACGGUUUUGGGAGGUGCUUAGGGUGAGCUAUCAGCUGCCCAACUCGACCGAUGUGCUGCACUGCGUGCGGCCCUCGCCACUGAGACGGAAUCCGACCUACAUUAAUAUAUACAUACACUGGUGCUAUCUGAUUGUGAACUAUAUAAUACCCUUCCUCACGCUGGCCAUACUCAAUUGCCUGAUCUACAGGCAGGUGAAGCGUGCGAAUCGGGAACGCCAGCGGCUGUCCAGAUCGGAGAAGCGUGAGAUCGGGCUGGCCACAAUGCUAUUGUGUGUGGUCAUUGUCUUUUUUAUGCUCAACUUUUUGCCGCUGGUGCUGAACAUCUCGGAGGCGUUCUACAGUGUGAUCGAUCACAAGGUGACCAAAGUCUCGAAUCUGCUUAUAACGAUCAACAGCAGCGUUAACUUUCUCAUUUAUAUCAUAUUCGGCGAGAAGUUCAAGCGCAUUUUUUUACUCAUUUUUUUCAAGCGACGCCUGAGUCGUGACCAGCCGGAUCUUAUACACUACGAGAGCUCCAUUUCGAACAACGGCGACGGCACCAUAAACCAUCGCUCGUCCGGCCGCUUCUCGCGACACGGCACCCAGCGCAGCACCACCACAACCUAUCUGGUCGCCACGGGCGGCGGUGGCGGCAACAGCUCACUGAACAGCGUGCGGCUGACCCAGGUGUCCGGCUCGCCCGGUCUGCUCAAGAUCAAACGGAAUCGGGCCCCAUCACCCGGUCCGGUCGUCUAUUAUCCGGGUCCACGUGAAAUGCAUCGAUCCGUUUCCACCAGCAACUCGACAACCAACAAUAAUACGGCGCUCGGCUACGACUGGACCGUGGAUGGCAAGAAGUUGGGACACGUCUCCUCCGGCUUUUGAGGCCGCACAAGCACAUACAGUGUAGUGUAAUCGCUAGUCAACUAGUCUACAUAUGUAAAUAACUAUACAUAUAUAUAUACAUAUAUAUAUAUAUAUAUAUACAUCUAUUUAAACAUGUUUUUAGUGUGUAAAUCUGAGCGCGCCAAGCGUCGCGUUACUUUGUGAUAAGCGUUAAGUGUUUCUCUCCAUUUUCUCUACUUCAAGUUCUCUUCGACAGCUCUAGCCGUUACAUAACCAAACAAAUAGCUAAUAGGCCACACAAAAGGUACAGCAAAAUUUCAGAAAAACACGCAAAUAAUUUGAGAGACGGAAAUUUCCUUUUAAAUAAUACCCAAUACACUUUUUAAUUCAUUUUCGUUCUACCUUACAUGAAUACGUUGUUUGUUAAUAUACAAAAUAUAUUUUCCUGGCAGUUUUCUGGAUGAAAGACUGACUUUAGAUGGACGGCAGCACAGAAACAGAUUGAGCAAAUAGCUAACCGCGUUGCUAGACUGAAUUGGAUAAACUAGAGCUAAACUAGGCAUAAAACUAUUUUAAUUGAA